UUAAUUGAUUGAAAAAAAACGAAAUUGACUGACAACUCUUGACAAAAAGUUGAACAAAAUUUCAUCGACAAAUUUUUAAACCUAAUUAAAGCAUCAUAUAACCAGUUUUUACAAGAAAAUGAUGAUGAAAACAUCUUUAGCCAUAACGGCACAUCGUUUUAUUUUAACUAGAAAUAUACGUUUGACCGAUCUAGUUAAACAUCGAACGAUGAUUUCCGUUGCAUAUCAAAAAGGUCAUUUUGAAGGUACAACAAGCCUUGGUUGUCAAACGACCAAAACAUUUAAUACCGUUUCGAAUCGUGGCCUUACAAAUCUUAGUGCAGCCACACUUAGUGAAUCGGUAAAGAAAUUUAUCGAAGAAAAAGCACGUAUCUGUAAACCGGAUCAGAUUCAAAUUUGUGAUGGAUCCGAGGCAGAAAAUCAACAAUUGAUCGAUCUGAUGGUCAGCCAGGGAAUGCUUGAAAAGCUUCCGAAAUAUGAGAAUUGCUGGUUAGCCAGAACCGAUCCAGCCGAUGUGGCACGUGUUGAAUCCAAGACGAUAAUUUCUACACCAAACAAACGUGAUACGGUACCAAUACCGAAAGAAGGUGUCGAUGGAACAUUAGGCAAAUGGCUUUCACCAGAAGAUUUACAGAAAGCUUUAGAUGAACGAUUUCCAGGCUGUAUGAAAGGUCGUACCAUGUAUGUUAUACCGUUUAGUAUGGGACCAAUCGGUUCACCAUUGUCAAAGAUUGGAAUUCAAUUAACCGAUUCAGCAUAUGUUGUUGCAUCGAUGAGAAUCAUGACAAGAAUGGGUGAAGCUGUGCUAAAAACAUUGGGUGAGAGUGAUGAUUUUAUUCGUUGUCUUCAUUCGGUUGGAUGUCCAUUGCCAUUACAACGGCCAUUGAAACAGAAUUGGCCUUGCAAUCCUGAAAAAACAUUGAUUUCACAUAUUCCUGCUCGAAAUGAAAUCGUUUCAUUUGGUUCUGGUUACGGUGGAAAUUCAUUGUUAGGAAAAAAAUGUUUCGCUCUACGAUUAGGAUCGAUUCUAGCCAAACGUGAAGGAUGGUUUGCAGAACAUAUGCUAAUCUUGGGCAUUACUAAUCCACAAGGUAUUAAACGAUAUGUAGUGGCAGCUUUUCCAUCCGCUUGCGGUAAAACAAAUCUGGCUAUGUUAACACCAACAUUACCUGGAUAUAAAGUUGAAUGUGUUGGUGAUGAUAUUGCAUGGAUGCGUUUCGAUAAAAACGGUGUUUUACGUGCAAUCAAUCCGGAAUAUGGAUUCUUCGGUGUUGCACCGGGUACUAACAAUAAAACCAAUCCGAAUGCAAUGAAAACCAUCUCAAGCAAUACUGUUUUCACCAACGUUGCCAAAACAUCUGAUGGUGGUAUCUAUUGGGAAGGGUUAGAAGAUGAAGUUGAUCCAAAAGUAAAAAUUACCUCAUGGCUGGGCGAAGAAUGGACAAAAGAUAGCGGAAAACCAGCAGCACAUCCAAAUUCACGUUUCUGUGCACCUGCUGGCCAAUGUCCAAUAAUUGAUCCAUGUUGGGAAGAUGCACAAGGUGUACCAAUCAGUGCCAUCAUUUUUGGUGGUCGUCGUCCCGAAGGUGUUCCACUUGUUUACGAAUCAUUUGAUUGGAAACAUGGUGUACUAGUUGGAGCAUCAUUACGUUCGGAGGCAACUGCAGCUGCUGAACAUAAAGCAAAAGUUAUAAUGCAUGAUCCAUUUGCAAUGCGACCAUUUUUUGGCUAUAAUUUUGGCCAUUAUCUUGAUCAUUGGUUAAGUUUUGCAGAAAAACCAGAUUUACAGCUUCCAAAAAUAUUUCAUGUUAAUUGGUUCCGAAAAGAUAAACAAACUGGAAAAUUUUUAUGGCCAGGUUUUGGCGAAAAUUGUCGAGUAUUGGAUUGGAUCAUACGACGUGUAGAAAAUGAAAACAUUCAAAUGGAUUCACCAAUCGGUUAUCUUCCAAAAAGAGAUUCAUUCCGCGCUGAAGGGCUAGAUAUUGACUAUGAUAAAUUGUUCGAUGUACCUAAAGAUUUCUGGAAACAAGAAGUCACCAGUAUUCGUAAAUAUUUUGACGAACAAGUUGGUGAAGAUUUGCCUAAAGAAAUAGCCGAACAAUUGAAUAAAUUGGAACAACGACUCAAUCAGUAAUGGUUAUAAAAA